AUGGUUUCAAAGACUGGACUCGUGCAUCGUAAUUUUGGCCCAGUAUCUGGAUUCCCCUUCUCUCAAGCAGUCCUAGACGGCGACUACGCCCACCUAUCUGGAGUUUUAUCUGCACCAGAGGGCAAAGUCACUCCAGGGACUGCUGAUUUCGAAACCACUCAAUGCAUGAAGCAAAUCGUCUUCAUGCUAACAGAAUUGGGCUUGACUGUGAGCGAUUUGACUCGUGUUAACCUCUACAUCACUAAUCUCGAUGACUUUCAAGAAAUCAACGCUGCAUACAUGAAAUUCUUCCCCGAAAAGCUCUUCCCAGCACGUACAUGUGUCGCUGUCGCCAAGCUCUUGGGAGGGACUCGAAUUGAAAUCGAGGCUACUGCAAGAAUAAUCAAGCACUCGAUGUAG